AUGGCGCUAAUCAGCAGCAAAAAUCACCUGCUUAGUUAUUUAUUUUACAAUGCACUUAAAAUUGAUAUAUAUGUCUUUAAACAUUAUUAUUUUGAUAAUUACAUUAAAUUAUUUGAUCCAUUAACAUUAUGGAUAUUAUUACAAAUUACAAAUUCUAAUAAAUGGAAGAAAAAAAAUAUUCAUGAUAUUAAUUCAAUACAAGGUUUGGAUUAUGGAACUGGAUUAGCAUACAACUAUUAUUAUGGAUAUUUAAAAGUUAUACUUCCUUCAAUUGGCAAUCUUAAUAAAGGAUUAAUUGAAAAAAUAGAAAAUACUGAAGAUAUACAUAAUAUAAAUAUAAUGGUCCAUAAAUUAUUUAUUUUGAUUCCUUCGUCAUCAUAUAUUCCACCUGAUCUUAAAGAAGCUUCAUAUCAGUGGAUGGAAAGUGCAAUGGAUUUGGAAGAUGAAGUACGUAAUCGAGCAGGAGUAAAAAGAAGAUUAUAUCACAAUAGUGUAUAUAAAAUUUAUCCUAAUGGACAAAGAUCAAAUGUACCUCAAUAUAUAGUGGUAGAAGGUGCAACACCUUUAUUAACUUUUUUUGAAGUUCAAAAACACAAUCAUUCAGAAACAAAUCUAUAUAAGAAAUAUUGUAAAGAAAUUGUACAGAAAUUUUAUAUAAAAUUACAAGAGCUAAUAGAUAAUGAUCCAGAAUGUGCAGAUCUUUGUGAAUUAAUUUAUUAUGAUGAUUAUGAUUGUAAUAAAACUAAGAUUAAUAUUGCAAAAAUCUUAUUAGAGAGAUUAUCAAAAAUUAAAAAAUAAUACAUCUAUCAAAAUUUUAACAUAUUACAGAAAAUAUUAAAAUUUUAUAUUUUCAGUCAUUGUAAUUUGCAGAAAUAAACAACUACAUUACCAAAA